AUGGGGAACUGCUUUGAAUCAUGCUCAAAGAGGAAUGAUAAUGAGGAUGAAAACGUUAACUCGAAACCCUUUUCACGAGGUGGUAGUGGUACCGAAAGAAGGUCUAAGCUGUCACAUCCAUGGAGUUUAAAAUCUCUCGUUAGCAGAAAGAGUGACGCUAGUAGCAAUCUUGUUGCACCGAGCAAAGAAGGAGACAUAAUGAAUUCAUCACAACAUUUGAAGUCUUUUACGUUAGAUGAGCUAAAGAAUGCAACUGGAAACUUCUCUCCAGAGAGUCUCAUUGGAGAAGGAGGUUUCGGUUUUGUUUACAAAGGUUGUGUUAUUUAUGGUGAACCUGGAAUCGAAAUUACGGUUGCUGUUAAGAAACUUAAAACUGGAGCGUUUCAAGGACACAAGGAAUGGCUCAGGGAAGUGAAAUAUCUAGGAAGGUUGCAUCAUCCGAAUCUAGUGAAGUUGAUUGGGUACUCUUUGGAAGAUCAACACCGUCUUUUGGUUUAUGAGUUUAUGCCUAACGGAAGCUUGGAACAACAUUUGUUUGAAAGGGGUUCGAAUGUGCUUUCUUGGUCACUGCGUAUGAGAGUCGCGAUUGAUGCUGCUCGAGGGCUUUGUUUCUUGCACGAAGCUAAGGACCAAGUCAUUUACAGAGACUUCAAAGCAGCAAAUAUACUUCUUGAUUCAGGAUUCAACGCCAAACUCUCAGACUUUGGUUUAGCCAAAGAAGGUCCAACCGAUGACCGUUCACAUGUGACAACCGAAGUCAUUGGUACACAAGGUUACGCAGCUCCAGAAUAUCUAGCAACAGGUCAUCUAACAACGAAAUGCGACGUCUACAGCUUCGGUGUAGUUCUGCUAGAGCUUCUCUCUGGACGUAGAGCCAUUGACAAAACCAGAGCUAGAGAAGAAGAAGACCUAGUGGAAUGGGCGAAACCUUACUUGCGAGACAAGCGAAAAAUGUUUAGGAUAAUGGACACGAGGCUUGUGGGUCAAUACCCUCAGAAAGGAGCCUUUAUGAUAUCUUUCUUGGCUUUGCAAUGCAUCGGAGAGGUUAAGGCUCGACCAACGAUGCCUGAGGUCGUGUCUCUUCUUGAGAAAGUUCCAAUGCCAAGACAUAGAAACAGUAGAAGCAAAGGUCCAAGUAGUAACGCUUCUUCUUCGUCUUCAAAACGGUUUUUUAGAAAGGACUAA